AUGUUUAUCAAAACUAGAACAAAGAAGAAAAAUGAUGAAGAUGAAGUUUUUGAUGAGGAUAAUGCUGAUAUUAUUAAUCAAUUCAACCAAUGUUUGGAAGAAAGGGAAGAAGAUGAACAAGAUGAGUCAUUUAGAGAGGAGAUAUCUACUAAAGUGAUGGGAACUUAUGCACAUGGGCGUGUUCGCAUGUGUGGGGCUGGUGUAACUCCAUCUCAAGUGUUUGGUCAAAAAUCAAAUUCUGACAAUAAUGAGAAUAGGAUGAGAGAGGAGCUAGAGAAACAAUGUCAGUCAAAAAUAGAUGAUCUCCAAUCCAAGUUAAAUGAAGUCAGCUCACAACUCAGUCAAGUGAUGACUCAUGUUGGUUUCCAAACCACCCCAGAAGAAAGCGGAAGCAGCCAGGUACAUUAUAUUUAA